AUGCCAAAAAUAUAUCUAUGUUAUCGAUCAUUGUUUAACGCCAUGUGAAGUGUUACUCUUAAAAAAAAAAAAAACAGAGUGAAGUGUUGUUCUUUUUUUCAACCUAAACCCUAACCCAAACCUUCCAUGUGAAAAAUUUCUGCUGCACCUGAAUACUACACUUUUCACAGGGGUCAUUCAUUUAUGGAUGAUCAGAGAAGAGUUGAAACUAGAUCAAUGAUGAUGGUUGAGGAGGAGGAGGAGGACAGAAUUUCAAAACUACCUGAUGCAAUCAUAGUACACAUACUCUCGUUUCUUCCUACUAAGGAUGUUGUUCGGACUUGCCUCCUCUCAAAUCGUUGGAAACUCAUCUGGUAUUUAGUCCCUAAACUCUCUUUCUCAAAUACUGAAUCUCAUUUCCAGGAAGAGUUCUUCAAUUUUGUGGACAAAUGUUUGGAACACUGCAAGACAAGUAGGCACUUUAUCCUUGAAUCAAUGUUAAGUACUUUUGAGCUUCGAAUGAAAUUCUAUGAAAGACAUUUAGUUAGCCGUUUAGAUAAAUGGUUAGGUUUUGCAGUUGAUCAUAAGGUGCAGAAAAUAAACCUUUCUUUGGCCAUAGAUGUAUCUGAGAAUUACCCAAUUUUCUACAGCUUACCUAAAACACUAGUAAUCAACUCAAAAUAUUUGACUAAUUUGGAGUUGACUAAGGUGGAGUUGGAUUCUAGCUACUCUUUUGAUUUUCCAUCCUUGAAAUUGUUGUCAUUGCAUUUUGUUCGGUUUGCUGAUACUGAUGUGGUAGAUAAGUUGUUGUUGGGUUCUCCUUCUCUUGAGAGUUUGCAGCUAUGUCAUUUGCAAAGACCUUAUCCCGAUCAGCUCCAUAUGCGUAGCUCAAGUCUCAAAUUCCUGCAAAUUAAAUGCCAUAUUGAUAUACCAGUGCAACUUGAAGUGAUAAAUCUUGAAACUUUGGAACUAUUUGGUGUUUCCUUUGAAAAAACCAAUCUCUCUGUAUGCAAGGCGAUUAAAAAUCUGUUAUUGAUUUGUGUUCGGGGUGCAGAAGAGUCGUCAUCAUCGUUAGAAUAUCUUAUUUCAAACUUUCAUCAGCUUGAGAAUUUGACCUUGUGCGAUUUGGUGUUGUUGCGAUCAAAGCACCUCAAAAUCUCCAAUCAUCACUUGAAAAGUUUGAAGUUGAGGUUCAUUUCCCCAUUUAAAGACGAAACGAAAGUUAUAAUUGAAGCUCCAAAACUAGUGUCAUUUUGCUAUGAAGGACAUAUCAAUCAUAAUAUAUCAAUAGGGUCAUCCAAUUUGUUGAAUGGAAAAUUCAUCAUUCUUGAUCAUUAUAAGAAAUAUGAUGCAAAAUGGUUUAUUGAUAUGAUGAUUUUUCUUGUGAAUCUCAAUUGCUCCAUGAAUAUUGUGAGCCUGCAUAUUUACUCAGAAAAGGCUUUCAUAUUCCCCCAAAAAAUGAAGAAGAUAUGUCGUACUCCUUUAGUGAAUUGGGAGCAUCUUAGAGUUUUCACUAAAUGUAAACUAGAGAUGGAAUCAACCUUGAGAGAUGCUCUGCUGUGGAUUUCUCCUUCUUUAAAGAGUUUAACUAUAGUGGAAAGGGCAUCUACUAAUUGACUGUCAUCAAUAUGUUUUCUUUCUAAUAUUGCUACCUAAGUACUUUUGAGAUUGUAUUUAGUGUUUAUUGGUAGUUUUUAAAUGGAUAAAUUUGCAUGUACUUUGCAUAAGAACGAAGUUUGUAUUUCUUACACAUUUGCUUGUGCCUGAGUGGAUAGGAUACUUCUAACAUUGUAGAUUAGAAUUGCUAAUUAUGAAGUUUAGCUAAUUUGCUGAGGAAGAGUGCUACUUUGAGUUUGGUUUGUGAGAUGUUGUACUCUUAUUAGUUCUUAAUUGUAUAAUGUUAGAUCCUAAAGAAAAUUUAUGUCCCUUUUUGUG